AUGGAAAAAGAAAGGGUAACUGCCGGAAAGAAAACCGACUAUAGUGCACUAUUGUGGUGUAGUACGUUGCUCGAAAAAUGCGCCAAAAAUGUACUUUGCUAUGCGCAACCUGGCACCGAAAUCGAAAUUGGGAACAUGACAAAAGAAAAGGGAAGAGGGUGGAACGAUGGAUUUGAAAGCAGAGCAGGGAAACAGAAUGCGACGGGGACUGAAAGUAUCAGAACUUCUCCGACUCCAUCCUUUUCCCUUCAGAAGAUGCUUCCUCAUCGUGUCAAGUACAGCAAAGCAACAUUUAAUCCAAUAUCUUCUUUUAUCUUUUUUUGGCGUUUCUAG